AUGAUCCUCACAGUUUUCCCCAAAGUGUUUGGAAAGACAUCGUUCAAGGGAAAGCAGAAGGAGAUCGUUGAAGCCACGCUUCGGGAUGCGGACGUCUUUGUCAGUGCCCCAACUGGGAUGGGAAAGAGCCUUUGCUACCAGCUCCCUGCUGUAGCGGAGCCGGAGGGGGGGAUCACCCUUGUUGUCUCCCCGUUGCUAGUGCUCAUGAAGGAUCAAGUUGCGAAACUACGCGCUUGUGGCAUUGAUGCAUACUCCUUAACAUCGGAGACUCCUACUGCAGAGAAAAAUGAGAUUAUGACCGGCCUAGAAUCCGGACCCGCCUUCAUCACAUUACUUUAUAUUACACCCGAAAAGUUGAUGGUGGAAAGUUUCAUGGGACUUCUGACACCUCUGAAUCGGCGUGGUAAACUGAAGAGGCUAGUCAUUGACGAGGCGCACUGUAUCUCUGAAUGGGGACAUGACUUCCGCGAAGAAUUUAGAAUGCUUGGCCGUUUUCGAGACCACUUCCCGAACGUCCCUAUCAGCGCUCUGACCGCAAGUGCCACUCCAGCGGUUCGGUCCGAUAUCAAAAAGACCCUACAGAUGAGUGAAGAGCAUUUGUUCUCCAUUGUCUAUCCAUUCAAUAGAGAUAACCUCUUCUACGAGGUUCGGCCAAUACCGUCAAUGCCCCAAGAGGCUCAAUUCGAACUCAUUCACGCCUAUGUUCGUUCGCUUACGGAAAGACGGGGUCGCCCAUCAUCCGGAAUCGUAUACGCUCGUGCGCGUGCUACUUGUGACGAGCUUUCCAAGUAUCUGCGAAGGAAAGGUUUGGCUGCGCGGCCAUAUCAUCGAGGCGUGCCCCGUCCACGACUUGACCUUACAUUGCAGGAAUGGCUGGAUGGAGAUGGGUCAUGCGAUGUCGUGUGUUGUACAGUAGCAUUUGGUAUGGGUAUUGACAAAGCGGACGUCCGGUAUGUUAUUCAUUUCGAUCUACCGAAAUCUUUCGAAGGGUAUUAUCAGGAGACAGGACGUGCUGGCCGUGAUGGCGAGCCCGCGAAAUGCAUAUUGUACUACUCUCGAGAGGAAGCCGUCAAAAUACGACAUUUUGUGAAGAAGUCACAGGCGGUGCGUACAUGGCGCGGGCCUGAACCAUCACAAAGGGCUCCAAAUAGCGUUGAAGCGUUGAUAUCAUACGCAGAGAACACUGGAAUAUGUCGUCACGUUCUCAUUUGUCAAUACUUUGGAGAAGUCAUUGAUUUCCAAGACAAAGAUCUAGUGAAAGUCGCAUAUUGUGACAAAAUGUGCGACGUAUGCAAGAACCCGGAAAGGACUCGCCAGCGUAAGGCUGAUCUCGAUAGCGAAGAGUGGAUAUGUUCACAAGUCCCCAGGCUCCAGCAUGAGGCACGAUCGUUGGAGAGCGGUGACGAGGAAGACCAUACCAAAUUUCCUGGUGAUCGGAGGUUUACUGACGUCCAUAAGUCGAAUAUCG